CGUGUUUGUCAGUGGGCCGCAUGAGCGCGCCGGCGUGCUAGCGCAGCGGGCGCGGGUGUGGUAUGCCCGCGCGUCGCCGCCAUGGCCCCCAUGCUGGCGGCCUUGGCGAUCCUCGCCCUCUUGCCCGUGUCGGAACAAGGACCGCACGAAAAAAGGCUGCUGAAUGCUUUGCUAGCUUCAUAUAACACGCUUGAAAGGCCGGUCGCCAAUGAGAGCGAACCGCUCGAGGUUAAGUUCGGCCUUACAUUGCAGCAGAUCAUAGACGUGGAUGAGAAAAAUCAAAUCCUGACGACGAACGUCUGGCUAAACUUGGACGAGAAGAAUCAACUACUUAUAACCAAUAUAUGGCUGUCAUUGGAAUGGAACGACUACAAUUUAAGGUGGAACGACAGCGACUACGGCGGCGUCAAGGACCUCAGGAUAACACCGAACAAGCUAUGGAAACCAGACGUUCUUAUGUACAACAGUGCUGAUGAGGGUUUUGACGGGACGUACCAGACGAAUGUGGUGGUCAGAAACAACGGCAGUUGCCUGUACGUGCCCCCGGGCAUAUUCAAGAGCACAUGCAAGAUAGACAUCACGUGGUUUCCUUUCGACGACCAACACUGUGACAUGAAGUUCGGUAGCUGGACUUACGAUGGCAACCAGUUGGAUCUGGUGCUCAAAGAUGAAUCGGGGGGUGAUCUAUCAGACUUCAUCACAAACGGCGAGUGGUAUUUAAUAGGAAUGCCAGGAAAGAAGAAUACAAUAACAUACGCGUGUUGCCCAGAACCAUAUGUGGAUGUGACGUUUACAAUAAUGAUUCGGAGAAGGACUUUAUACUAUUUCUUCAAUUUAAUUGUACCGUGUGUCCUAAUAUCGUCUAUGGCUCUCUUGGGCUUCACAUUACCACCAGAUUCAGGAGAAAAAUUAACGUUAGGUGUGACGAUAUUAUUGUCGUUGACUGUAUUUCUGAACCUGGUUGCUGAAAAGAUGCCUACUACAUCGGAUGCAGUGCCUCUUAUAGGAACAUACUUCAACUGCAUAAUGUUCAUGGUGGCAUCGUCAGUAGUGUUGACGGUAGUGGUGUUAAAUUACCACCAUCGGACGGCAGACAUACAUGAAAUGCCACAAUGGAUAAAAACAGUGUUCCUACAAUGGUUGCCGUGGAUCCUGCGCAUGUCGAGGCCGGGCAAGAAAAUAACAAGAAAAACAAUAAUGAUGACCAAUAGAAUGAGAGAGUUGGAAUUAAAAGAACGUUCCUCCAAAUCUUUGUUAGCGAAUGUGCUGGACAUAGAUGACGAUUUCAGACAUGUGCCUCCUCCGCCGAAUAGUACCGCUUCGACGGGAAAUCUGGGACCUGGCUGUUCAAUAUUCAGAACGGAUUUCCGCCGGUCCUUCGUGCGGCCAUCCACGAUGGAGGACGUGGGGCUCGGUGGCCAUCACCGGGAGCUGCAUCUCAUACUGCGGGAACUGCAGUUCAUCACCGCGAGGAUGAAGAAGGCUGAUGAGGAAGCGGAGCUGAUCAGUGACUGGAAGUUCGCGGCUAUGGUUGUGGAUAGGUUCUGUCUGUUCGUGUUCACGAUGUUCACAAUCAUCGCGACGGUGGCCGUGCUGCUCUCCGCGCCACACAUCAUCGUACAGUAACCCCAUACUGUGUGAUGCGUGGCUCGGAGUAGCAAGGGCAGUGGGCACUGGGGCAAUGAUGUUAUGAGUAAAAUGUGUAGAUUAAAAAAUAAAAAAAAUUGUGAAAAAAUGUUUGUUUGUUUAUUUUAAAGAAAAUGGAGUAGGAUCCUCCUAAGUUUAAGAGAAAAUCUUUAGGAGGAGGAAAUCUCUAGGGGAAUUAGGAGGACCUGCUCUUUCGUAACUUAAAGUAGAUUAUCUACAUGAAAAUUAAAUAAUUUAUUUCCUUCCCAAUGUUAUAUAAUGCAAAGGGCCUUCCUAGGAAAUUAAGAGAAAAGCUGUUUCAGGAGGACUCGUCUUAACUCAACUUGAAAUAGCUUAUCUACAUGAAAAUUGAACUCGUAUAUUCAAGCAUUGUGUGCAAAAAAGACACAACUGAAAUUCUGGAUAAUUACCCACAUUAAGAUGUCCCCGGAAUGCAAAUAACCAAUCUACACCUUUUUACUUAUAACAUCAUUGGUCCCAGUACUGGGGCAGAUGGGUCCGAUCGCAAUUCUUCGAGAGAACUAAUCUUAGUACCUACUAAUUAUACUGUACAAUACUAUUAUUCUCAGAUACGUGGUAUAUACGCACACGUCUCUUUAUUCAGUCGAAAGACGGUAAAUGUAAACUUAACGUUAUAUAGCGGAAUUAAGGACAGCGUUAUUAAAAACGAUUGUGAUGUUGACUAGGAAUUAAUACAGAUAAUGUUGCGAUUUGUUGAUAUAUAUUUCUAAUGUCUACUCAAAUAGUCGACUCGUUUCGUUACUCGAUUAUGUUCUACGAUACGAUUUUAAUAGGAAUUGCAUCAUAUUGUUAAUCGAUAAAUCAUGUACGCGUUAAUGUUUCGGUAUAAUAAUUCCUAAAUGUUAAUUAUUGGAAUCUAAUGGGAAUCAGAAAUACUUCAAUGUUUAUUAAAGUAAAUUUGGGAUCAUUGACGAUGACAUUACCCUAGAUUAGUAAUGUACAUAAGCUAAAUGAUCGGAAUAAUAUUGUUUAGACGAUAGCUUACGAGUUAGAAUGCGCUAUAGGAAAAUUUUAUGCGGGUCGAAGUUACUUUGGUUCCAUUAUCUGAAAUUGGUUGUUUGCGAAGGGAUCGUUCGGAUUUGGGUUAGCAUUAGUUUAGGGAUUGCGUUUAAAACUUGGAAUUGCGCGGAAUUGAGAAAUAUGAACCAGAGUCACGUUGGAUCAUCUCGAGACACAAUGUUCGUCAUUCAUCGACAGUUAAAGCCCCCGAGUAGGAAUAUCAAUUUGGAAACGCUAAUAUAUCGCUUCGAAGCACCGAUUGGAUGAGUUAAAUUAAUAUAGUAAAAUUAAAAUGUUAUUCGGCUUCGAUCUACACCCUCGUAGGUCUCGGACUAUCGGAUAGCUGUAACUUAGCAUAGUAGAUAUAGUUACGUACGAGUAUAAUAAUGUAUAAUGAAAUUAACAUUUAUUCACAUCUUUGUCUAUGUCCGUUCCUCGAUUUCGCUCUUAUAGGUGUCGUGAUAGACUAGUUGUCGUGUCCCUCUUUAUUAGAUAAUGAUCAUUUAAAUUAAACUAUAAGGAAGCUCACUAAUUAGUGAAUUAAAUAGUAUAAAUUAACUCGUUUCAAUGUGUUCUUAAAUAUGUGUGAGAUUUUUGAAAUGAUCGGAUGUAACUUUUCUUAUUUUCAUCUAUUGUAUUGCCGUUCGAUAGUUUCGUUUCACGAUUCUGUACACUAGCUAUUCUUCCAUUAAACAUUGUAAUUUCAUUAAGUCAUACCGUUGGUGCUGAAACUAUAUCAAGAUUACUAAUUUUUUAUUCUACGUAUCUUAUUAUUAGAUUUGUUAUAAUUUCGAGAUUUCUAUAUUGUUAUUUGUGAUCACAACCGACGUUAAUGGAAAAGAUGUUGAAAAGGUACGAUGAAUAGAUUUAUUAGUGCCAAAUUUUAGGACUUAUAAAUAUCGUUUAAGUUCGAUUAUAGGUGAUUAAAUAAAUCAUAAAGUUGAGAGAUUUAUUGUAAAAAAUAAUUUAAAAGAACGAAAUAGUGUCUUUAUUAAUAUAAUUUAACGUUAAUGUUGAGAAGGCAUUGGGUCGCGUCAAUCGGCGAAUCAGCCAAUUUUAAAAGCUUAGUUAAUUAAAUAUUAAUGAGAGGUUGUGAGACAUUUAUAAAGCCUAUUGAUGGCGUUCCAAUGUUUGAUAAAAUGUAAAUUAUAAAACGAGUAGAAUUGUUCUACAGUAAAAGAAGUAAAUUAAGAAAACCAUUAUAAACAGCCUGCUUAGGACUGGAUUUUACUAAACAUUGAAAUAACAUAAAUAAUACUUCAUCUGCAGUUUACUUUACGCCUUAGUUUCUUGUACAUAUUAUCACACGCUUGUUAGCUACUGAAGGGAAAUGACUAACUCCUCUAUAUAAACAAACUACUGGACUUAUUAGUUAGGUAUCUCAUAAGAGGUUAGUACUCUUAAAUUAAGGAAAUGAAGCUGCCAUAAAAAUAAUUUAAAAUAACGCUCGCAUCAAUCACAUAGAUAGGAACUAAUAAUAAUUGUUAACGUAAUAGUUCUCAAGUCAAAUAUAAUUUGUUUUCGAUUUGGUCAAAAACGUUUUAUUCUGUUGCUUCUUCACUUUCUUGACACGAACAAUUUCGGACCAAAACUUUGCAAUUCGUUUAAACACUGCACCUUUUGCCCAACCGGAACUUAAUGCUUUAAACUCGAAACAGGUAUUUUGGACUCGUAUUUUCUAUUCUGAAUUUCUAAUAUAUUGUAAUCUAAGAUAUGAAUUGUCGGUUUGAUUUCAUUCGUAUUCACAGCCUCCUAAACCGAUUAACUCAAAGACAUUUGAAAUUUCAUCUCGCGUUUAAUGCUGUUUAUUUUCUAAUCGAAUAUAUCUCUGUCCUUUAUAUUGAGGGCACAAUAGUAACUGAUAAAGGAAAAUCAUAGCGUAAUCUUGCGGAACCUUUUCGACAAUAGCGCGUUAUCUUCUCACGUCCUUUAUGGAGCUGUUGCUGUACCCACACACUCGUAUUGUCUUUAACUUGAUCAAAUUGCUUGCUUUAUUCAAUAUUAUCCGGGUUUAUUAUCAAAUUGAUAGUGUUUUCUACUAAGUAAAGACAAACAAUCAGCUUUCCUAUAGAUAUAAUCACGCUUCUAUGAUGCGUUUAAUUUCGGUGUUUUCUUUCUUAUUAAGUUUUGAUAAUGAUAGUCAUUUAGAGCACGUUCAUCCAUUCAUUGUACUACUUGUGCAAGAUAUUAUCAGACCUAAACGUGGAAAUGUCACAUAAAGAAUGUUUGCUGUAUUUCUGAAAGAGUUGAGUGAUAUAUUUUAACCACAAAUAGGUCUCAUAAUGUCAUACACGGAGAGUAAUUCCAUAUUGUGUUCCUGUGGCUUAACCAUAGUCGAAAUAAAAGAUUAAUUAAAAUACGACUGCAGGUAAGAUAAACCGUUUAAUGUAAGUUUGUAAAGCCCCUAUGGAGGUUUUUAUAAUAGAUGUCACUAAAGAAAUAAAAAUAAAUUUGUAAAAAAUAUUUAAAACCAACGGGUAAUACGGUUAUUCGUUAAAUUGAUUAUCGUAAGUAGAAAUCGAUUUGUAUUAAACUAAAAUUAAAGCAAUCUGAUUUAUAA